CUUCCGGCUCCGGUCCCUUACAAAGUGGAAAGAUGCUGAUGCCCAAGAAAAAUCGAAUUGCAAUUUAUGAGCUCCUCUUUAAAGAGGGCGUAAUGGUUGCCAAAAAAGAUGUCCACCUGGCCAAGCAUCCCGAGCUUACCGACAAGAAUGUGCCCAACCUUCAUGUGAUGAAAGCAAUGCAGUCCCUGAAGUCUUGUGGGUAUGUCAAGGAGCAAUUUGCCUGGCGCCAUUUUUACUGGUACCUGACCAAUGAGGGUAUCCAGUACCUGCGCGACUUUCUCCAUCUCCCACCUGAGAUUGUGCCCGCUACCUUGCGUCGCCAGACCCGUCCUGAGACUGCAAGGCCUAGGCCAAAGGGAAUGGAAGGGGAGAGACCUGCCCGUCUUAACCGUGGGGAGGCUGACAGAGACACAUACAGGCGAUCUGCAGCACCCCCUGGUGCUGACAAGAAAGCAGAGGCCGGUGCUGGAGCAGCUACAGAGUUCCAGUUUAGAGGUGGCUUUGGGCGUGGCAGAGGACAGCAGCCUCAGUAAAUUUCUGUUUUCACUUUCUGUACAAUAAAGAUCUCAAAAUAC